AUGAAGUACGCUGCAUGGCGGCCACCCGUGGCGGCCGGGCGGGCGGGACGGUGGCUCGGCGGCUGCUGCUGGGGGCGGCCGGGGGCUGCGGCUCGCCCGGCGCGGGGCUUUCCGCAACCGGCAGGGCUGUUCCAGGCGGAAGACGAGAGCUGCACAGCGGAGCCCGCGGGCGACGUAGUGAACGUGGUUUUCAUUGACCGUUCCGGGCACCGGAUCCCCGUGCAGGGGCGCGUGGGGGAGGACGUGCUGCACCUGGCCCAGAGGCACGACAUCGAGCUGGAAGGCGCCUGCGAAGCCUCCCUAGCUUGCUCCACCUGCCACGUCUACGUGAGCCAGGAGCUGCUGGACAAGCUGCCUGUCCCUGACGAAAGGGAGGAAGACAUGCUGGACCUGGCCCCACAGCUGCAGGAGAACUCCCGACUCGGCUGUCAGAUCAUCCUCACAAAAGAGCUGGAGGGGGCAGAGUUCACCCUGCCCAAAAUCACCAGGAACUUCUACGUGGAUGGCCAUGUUCCCAAGCCUCACUGAAGGCUGGAGGAGUCUCUGGGCUGCCCGCGGCUCUGGGACUGGGCCUUAUAGAGCCCAAAGCAAGGGGGGCUGGUCAGAGAAGGCUCCCCCGGGGGCCUGCUGGUGUCAUGGAGAGGUGGGGGGAGGGGUUGUUAGUUUUAUAGGCCCACGGUGAAGCGCUGAGCUUCCUACAAGCCUUGGCGGGGGGGGGGGAAGAUGGCAGCAGCAAGGAUGCUAGAAUAACCCCUCACACCAAAAAUCCAUCCCAGUUCUGCCCCUCUUCCCCAGCACCUGUGCUCACAGCCCCAGAGGCGACGUAGGAUGGAGGAGGAAAGGGGGCCGUCCAACAGCCCUACAUUUUCUGUCCAGGGAACGGGUAUUUAUUGGUGUUGGCUGACAAACCCUGCAGCCCAUCCGGAGGAGAGGAAGGAGGGUGGGGGCUCUGCAUUCUCCCUGCCUGGCCAUCGGUGCCUCCUGGCGUGUUUAAUGAGCAUUCCCCGUGCCACUUGACAGGGACCGAAACAGCAUAUUCACUGGGCUGGUCAGUCACUCACCCUGCGUCACGCUGUAACCUCAGGAUCAGGGGCGCCGCCCCUCCCGCAGCCACAUUCGGUUAUUAAAGCUCACGUUUGUACAACA